UAGUAGAUACCCAUUUUGUAUUUUAUGUUUUUAUAUAAUAAAGUUACAAACUUUAGUCAAAGAAGUGCGUGCAAGUUAUGCAUCAAGAUUUCUUGUUAACAUAAAUUAAAAAAAGUGAUCUUUUUUUGCUUUAUUUCUUUCAUAUCUGACUUGGGUGUAUAACAGAUUCGAAAUUGAGAAAGAAGAAAGUUGAGUGAAUUUUGUUUUUUGGUGUGUGAUCAUCAAUGGCUGAUAUGGUUGGACCAAGAUUGUAUAGUUGUUGUAAUUGUAGAAACCAUGUUGCACUUCAUGAUGAUGUCAUUUCUAAAGCUUUUCAGGGAAGACAUGGUAGAGCCUUUUUGUUCUCUCAUGCUAUGAAUGUUUCAAUGGGACCUAAAGAAGAUAGGAAUCUCAUGACUGGUCUCCACACAGUCGCUGAUGUCUACUGCUCUGAUUGCCGUGAGGUUUUGGGAUGGAAAUAUGAACGGGCUUACGAGGAAACACAAAAGUACAAAGAAGGCAAAUUCAUUCUUGAGAAGUCAAAGAUUGUCAAAGAAAAUUGGUAGUAACUGUUAGUCAUAUAUAAAUAUAUCCUUUCAGUUAUGGCACCUAUGAAUGCAAGUGUAUGGAAUGUCUAUUUAGCGUUCUUCCUAUCCAAUAAUUUCAUGUUGAUAAAGUGUUCUAUUUGUUGGUUUCCCAUUCAUUGUCGAUUCGUCUGUCACUCUGUCCUGUGGAGCCUGUAUUGAAGAUAAUGGAACUCUGUGAACAGCAUUUAUUGGGUUUCUUAGGUUUCUUGUUAAUCAAAUGUUGUAAAUAGUCUUAAUGAUUUGACAAUUGUGAUUCUGUAUAUAUGAGUAAUGCAACUUGAUAAGCUUUUAUGUUGCGUUUUA